CACAAGUACAUAAAAUUUCACUUCCACCUCAAGAUGCAGGCCGAAUGUUUCUUCGAAAAGCUUAAAACAUUGAAAUAAGAUAUUCUUUCAGAUUUUUAUUAAUUUAAGAAGAGCUGGACAUUUCGCACUGAAGAAGAAAGAUGAAGGAUUUCGGUGAAAUUAAUUCAAAACUCUAUUCUGACUCCUUCGUGGUUGGAAAUUCCAUUUCCAUCUUAGAAGACACUUCGGCAUACAUCACGGAGAGUGAAACCGAUGACACUUUAUUCAUACACCAGGACAUGGGCAUCAAGCAACGCAAGACAAGAGACCAAGAAAACUUUACCUUGACCCGCGAGGAGAGGAGACGAAGGCGCCGCGCCACCCAGAAAUAUCGCACCGCCCACGCUACCCGGGAACGCGUCAGGGUGGAGGCUUUCAACUACGCCUUUGCGGACCUUCGAAAACUGUUACCCACCUUGCCACCCGAUAAGAAGCUAUCUAAAAUAGAAAUUUUGCGAUUGGCGAUUUGUUAUAUAUCAUACCUUCAACAUGUUCUGGAUAUGGCUUAGCUCAAACUAUAGAGUUGGAAGUUUGGUUUUUUUUUUCAUUCAAGCAUUCGGCAGGAUUUUAUUAAAAACGUUGCUUUGUUGCAACUCGCCAUGGCUAUUGUUUAUUGAAGAGUGGCAAACCCUAAUUCCAUGCACGGCAGAUGAAAUAUAAGCCGGAUACUUAACGAUUUUGUCGUUUUAAGAUGGUUUUAGGAAUUAAGGAAUCCAACUGUCUCUUUGUUCUAAUUAGGAAGAAUUUGUAGCCAUUGCUACAUCCCCGGAAUAACCGCUGGGGGAAAAUUCGAUACUUUCCGGCAAUGAAAAGAUACUUCUUAUCCCCCGAAAGCGGCUUAGAGUUCUCCUCGCCGUUUAUUCGACAGAGGAUUUUAAUUGGUACUGUAAUUUCCUAGUAAUUGAAGGCGGCGAAGUCUUCCGUUGGACAUAAAAUGUGGGCGGAUCUCGCCAUAUGUUCAAUUGAAUAAAAUGUAAUUAUCGCUUACUCUCACGUGAGUUUGGUCGCUCACCACGUGUCGCGUAGAUUUCCUUCAUUGUCAAUAACCUAAACAAUGAUAGAAUUCUAUUCCUAGGAAAACGUAUACUUUUACCUUUUAGUUUAACGAUUGUUGAACUCUCGAUUCUAAUCUUUGUUAUAAUUUUCUGCAAAUGAAAUCCUUUAUGUUAAACACGAUUUUGAUUGUUAAUGAAUAAACAACGUAAAUACAUGUACGUAUUAACAUAUA